CCCCAAGCUUCAACCUUGAAGUUUUUGGACUGCGUUCCACACCUUCUUGCCAGCGACCACGCCUUAAUCAAUCUCCUGUUAGCACAUCCUACUCACUACUUCCAUGGACAACAACGAGACCUUGACCAACCCGACACAAGAGGUAGUCAUAUCUGAUUCCUCCACUCCCACCCUCACAGAUCCAAGUCCAACUGGAGUCAUUGCAUCUUUGAGCGAAAACCUGCAAUCUAAAGCCCAAGAGUCAGACGCGACAAUACGCGACACCAACCCACCAUUGACCGACCCUCUCAACGACACCUCAUUACAAGUGGAUAGCACACCAAGCCCAGGAGGUACCAAUCAUGGCCAUUCAGGGCCUGCAUUAACGAUCCCAUGGCAGGAUUUGCUAAUAAGUAUGGCGUCGGAACUAGGACUUGUCGAGUCAAGUCGAAUGAUGGCAGCAGAAGAACUAGUGCUCUCCACAACGCAACGGAAAAACGCGCCGGGUAUCAUUCAAAAGUUUUCAAAGCUGCUGCAGGAAUCGGUUGCAGAGCAAGGAGAGAGCACAGAAUCGACUGCUGCAUCUUCGUCAGGAUCGAGUAAACGAAACAACACUGGUGCCAUGGAUGUGGAUGAUGAAUCUCUGGAGAUUAUCAAACGGAGACGAGUGGACGAUGUGCAUGGCACGAUCCAGGAGAAUGCCACGAGAGAGGAAAUUGAGGGCAAGAUGCUACAGUUUAUGGCAGCAAAAAGAGAGCAAAUCAACGAGAGUAAUAGGCAAGAGUUCAUCAAGGGCCGUGUUCCUGUCAGCGACACAGGAGCGGGAUCAGAAGAACCUACUGAUGAUGACGGAUGUGCAAGAGUGGAUGCUAGGAAACUCAAUCGAACCAUUCAAAUGAGGCUGGAGACGAUCAAGAACGAGGCUCUCACAAAGACGAAUCCAAAAACACACACCCAUGUCAGUGAUACCAACAUGGCAAGCAAUGGAUUAGAUGAGCGCUUGCGCAACAUUCAAGUCCACCUCAAUCUUCGAAUUGCUGCCGUGCCCGCCUGUACCAUUGCGGAACGCAUCCGGAUUGUCGAGGACGUCAUUAUCCAACUGGAAAGGGAUUACCCCAUGUGGUCGGCAUUGCACUUUAAUCAGCCAAAUCGAGCGUUCCCACCCCCUCCCUCCGUUACUACUGUGAGCCGGAAUGCCAGGAAUCAGAUCGUCAUAUCUGGAGAUCACCUUCAUACCACCUUAAUUGAAAAUGGCGAUCCCAUUGCGAACCCAGCAAUUUUGGCGCAACAGGCAGCAGGGACGUCUCGAUCUAUAUCUGGAAGUCAGUUGGGGAGCGCUCAGCGUCAAGGGAUUGUAGAUGCCAACAUGAGAGCUGGAUCUACUGCAGCUGUGAACGACGGUAAAGGAGGAGUCCUGACUGAACUAGGUAGACCUGGGGUUGCAAGUCCAGUUGGUACAGGAGGAUCCGCUACGGUUAUAAAGCUGAAACGUCAUGGAGGAGCUGGCUCGUCCUCACUAGCAAGAGCUGUACAGCAACAGUUGGCCCAGAGAAAGGCAAACGCUGCGUCUGGCGGUCAGACUGCUGAUGACCUCAGAAAUAACGGAUCGACCCCUGCCUUCAAAAUCAACUCUGCCUCAUAUCAGGAUUCGAUAAAAUCAGGGAGUACUUCGGCGCACAUGUCAAUUGGCGGCACAACUCCUGGUGGCUCACUCUCCCCCACAAUCACCUUUGCUGAUACUCUGAAGCCAGGAGUAACCGGACGGGGACCCAUCAAGUCGCGGAGAAAAUCUAUCGCCAAAGGUCUAGAUCCAGCAUCCGCCAUGGCAUCCAUGUCUGUCGCUCACACAGGAAACAUUCUUGGUAGUAAUCCUGGAGCUGCGCUGACUGGAGGCUCCGCAACGUCAUCUCAAAGCGGCCAAUCGGGCGAAGCGUCUCUUGGCUCGUUUAGCGUCUCAAAACCCAAAUCAACAACCGUCAAGAAGCCCCGGAAAAAGAAAGGAGAGGACAAUGGAGACGAGUCAACACCAACCGUACAAGGGAGCCGUGCAGGGGGUGGGCGAGGAAAAGGAGGGUUUGGAUUAGGUAAAGGGGGCUUUGGCCUAGGCAAAGGCAAAGGCGGUGGCCGACCAAUGGGCCUGGGACUUGGCAAGGGCAAGGGUGGUGCCUAUCGCGAGGAGCUGCUUCGUCGGGCAGAGGUCGAGGAAUUUGACGACAACAGCGAUGAGGACAUUGACGGGGACAAUGAAUUUGAGUGGAGCAAUGCGAACGCAGCUCCUCCAUCCAGCACAGGGAAUGGAGCGCUAACGGCAGGAAAUGGAACUACAUUUUUGAACGAUACUUCUGCUCUUGCACAUUUGGUCAGCAGUGCCCUGAAGGAUCAAGCCAAUGCGGCGGCACAGGCGCAGGCACGGCAUCAAGAACAGCAACAGCAAGCACAAGCAGUAAAGUCCAAGAAGCAGCCGAGAAAGCCGUCGACGCCCGCCAAACCGCCGCCAGUGCGCAAGUUUGGCGGGAAAAGUUUUGGAAUGGCUGGUGGUGAGAGUUCUGGUAGCAGUAGUAAUGAGAGUAGCGACGGCGAAGGCACAGGGAGCAGUGGUUCACAGAGCGAUUCGUCUUCCACAAGCGGUAUUAGCGGAUCAGAUGCCGAAGACUCUGACUGAGCAUCAGCAGCUGUCCAAUGAUGAUUGGAAUAAAAACAUUUGAUAAUUGUCCAAGAAAGAAAAUAUCGGCUCAGGUACCAUUUCAGGAACCAGGAACUACUUUUAACUCUGCAUCUCUCCCUGCAUACCUCCACAUCACUAUCAUUAUUUUGCAACUUUCUUAACAUGGAUAGUCUAUUCUUUUUUUGCGGUAACUAAAGGCACCAAAGCGCUCAUCAAAGUAUCUUCAAUGGAUAGUCGACAUGAGUCUUGCGUUCACAAAUAACGAAAGAAAAAAAUAUUGCAGACC